UCUACCAGUUACCAUAUGACUACAAGGGCCAGGGGAAACGAUACUGCAAAAGCGCCGAAUAUUUCUAUUCGUCCUUUUACAAGAGCAAGAGCCGAACAGCCCUCAGCAACACUACAAGUAACUGAUGCUCUUGUGACCACAGCUACCCAGCCCCCUGCAUCACAAGAAGCAGCUGUUGUCAUUGACUUGGAUAGUGGUGACACAGUCACCCAGACCCCGUCAAAUAGCAGUGAUGACUAUGCUGUCUACCUUUCCAUCAUGGGGAUGACAUCAGACCUCUCUGAUGAUGAUGAGGAGCUAAACCAGGCCAUAAUGGCAAGCCUUGAAUCUCAUGAGGUGCUCCUCAAUCUUGCAUCCAAAAUUGACGGUAGACGAAGACGUAGGUUCAACAUUAAUCGAACUUCAGUACUGGAUGGUGCUCUUUGGCAACAGUGGCGGGGCUUCAGACGGCCGUCCUACAGUCCAGUGUACCAGAUGUGCAUCAAAUUCUCAGAUGACUUGGGAAAGGAUGAAGAGUCUGUGGAUCUUGGUGGCCCAAGGAGAGAAUUUUUGCGGUUGCUUAUGGAGGCUCUGGCAUUGUCACCAAUGUUUGAAGGAAGAGAUGGAAAGUUGAACUUGGCUUUGGACAGUUCCGCUCUAAGAGAAGACCGGUAUUUUGUUGCUGGCCAGGCCAUUGCUGUAAGUCUUGUCCAUGGUGGUCCUCCACCAGGAUUCAUUGCACCAACACUAUAUCGUUGUCUUGUUGGUGGCACUUCAUCAGCAAUGCCAGUUUUGGAAGACAUUGCUGAUCCUGACCUCUAUGAGAAGGUUAAAAAGGUGUCCAAAUGUACAUCUUUAGAUGACCUGAUACAUUCCACUGAACCGCUGCAAGAUUACUUGGCAAACGCUGGGUGUCUUAGGCCAUUGAAAUGCAUUAAAGACAAAGAUCAACUGGUUGAAGAUAUUCUCAUGUUUCAGGUGGUUCACAGAGUCUGGGGGGCAUUUGAAAGAUUUAGGGAGGGCCUGAAGACCCUUGGUGUUCUAGAUGCAAUGAGGAUUCAGCCAGACAGUUUCAGACCUUUAAUGUGUCAUGAACCAUCUCCACUCACUGCUGACGCAAUGGAUCAGCUUUUCCACAUCCGCCUGUCUGCUGUGGGAAGCAACAAGAGAAUGGCAGAGGAACGUAUUGUGGCAUUUUGGAGGGAUUACCUGCAGGAUGUAGAAGAGCAAGUGGGUCCCUCAGCACUAGGUAAAAUCCUAGCUUUUGCGACGGGUGCAAGUGUCAUCCCUCCAGUUGGAUUCUCCCCACUGCCAUCAGUUGAUUUCCUGCAUGAUCAGUCCAUCAGCCCUGGACGCCAUUUGCCUAUGGCAAACACCUGCAUUAACUGCCUUAAGUUGCCACUACUGGACACAUAUGAGGAUUUCAGGGAGAGUAUGGACUUUGCAUUGAGUAACACACAGGGUUUUGGUAGAGAAUAACUUUUGAAGAUUGUGUGUUCCUACCACAAUGCAGUGCUCAGGAUGUUUCAGUUAGAAUGUAUGAACAUAUGAACUGCUGUUUUGGUUUUCUUUCCCCUCUUUGAUUAGGUGUUUGCAGAGGAAAAACAGUUUUGGGGGAAAAAUAUUGUUAAGGAUGUGAUCUUUU